AUGAAAAGACAGUUUACGGCAAUAUUUCUAGCGUUUCUGGUGUGCUAUUCUCACGCAAGGAUCUUGCUUGAGGAGCUGAUGGAUCUCCAGAAGGCAGAAUUCGGAAAGAACAAAGUGAUUAUAAACCCAAGAGGCCCGCUAAACAUGAUUCGCGGAUACGUAUACUCAGAAAUGGGAUACAUGCACUGCAAGCGGUUUUUAUCGCCCGAGAUAGAAACAGACUACACGCUGAAGUGGCUUAAAAACCUAAAUCAUCCGGAAGCCGGGGCGUACCAGCACACCCGAAGUGCGAGAAACGACAAGGCAUAUGGCCCAAGCAAAAAUGCUGCUGUGGAAAGCCCAGAGCAUUCUGAGUACUCCGAGAACUAUCACAACACGCUUAUACGGAUGUUCCCGUCUGUUGACGGCAGAAACCUCUCGAUCCAUGUGGCAAAGGAGGACUCGUUCAUCCACACUCUACAGCGCAUUUGCACGAAGGAGCAGGCGAACUAUGUGCUGGCUUCAUUGCUGCUUCUGAGCGAGGGCGUGAUAGUCCCCAUUGAUGCAACACACACCAAAGUCACACUGUGGAAAACCAGGAAUGCGGAGAGCCUGUACAAGAGAGAAGCCAAAAAAGACAAAAAAACAUCUAAUAGCGAGCAUGUAUUCUUUGACAUAGACGCUAAACUGCAUAUGUCAGUUCCGCAGAAAGACUUUGCAAAGGUCGUAGCCUUCUUCAAGAAGUACAACAAGCCAGAAGAACUUCCGGACACAUAUGAGGACUUUAUCACAGGCAAGUUUCUAAACACUCCGCAGUUUCUUAUACAGGCGUACGUGUUUGAGUACAUAGAAAGCCAGGAAGAUGCAGUGCAGUUUCUGGAGUGUGUCCACACUCUUCUCGAGUCCUUGGGAUGUGUAAAAGAACUUUCUGCAGGAAAAAAAGACAUAUACAACCAGUGCUUCUGUGCAACUGAAGAGAAGGAGAAGGCAGAAGAGUAUUUGCAGCCGCUUUCGAACAUUGUGUCAGACCUAGUGGGAAUGCGCUUAGUCCCGUUUUACACCAAAAGCAUGCUUCCUUGCUAUAAGUCCGUGCGAUUGUACGACAAAUGUCAAGGUGAGUUUAUAAAUGGAACUUUCUCUAACUGUGUGGAAACAGGCCUGUACGCGCUAUUCUGCUCUCUGGCAUACGAUGCAAAAGAGAAGAAGUACGACGUAUUACGGAUGCUAGGCGACAGGAAAGACCGGCCUGAGACGAAGGAGCUGAAAGACUUCUUCAGCUUGAAAGAUGUUGCUCCAAAUAAGUGUGCGACUAUAAAAGUGCUUGAAGAGUGGAAUAGAGUAAUGUCUGGCCUAAAGUGCGACCGAAUAGACUACAAGAGCAAGUACAGGAAUGAGAUGCGGUCUGGCAUUAUGAACGUUCUGUACGUGAUUGCCGAAGUAACAGGCCGACUGGACACUGAGCAGGAAAAAAUAGACGGACUUGCGCAAAGACUAAACAGAGAAGAAGACCCAGAGAAAAACAUAUACAGUGAAAUAGAGGAAUAUAUUUUUAGCCUUUUUAAAGAGCUUUCAGUAAAUAAGGAGAUUGAACUAUCUGUUUCGGAUGGGUGUAUAGGCGUCCAGAAGAACGGUAAAUUCGAUGCUUUUGCCCCUAUCUGCUUAACUUACAAAAACCAAGAAACUGGCUUAUCCCUGGGGUUGGAUAUGAAAAUUUCUUGUAGACACUUGUUCUUGGACCUGCAGGAGAGAUAUAACUCCGUAAAUGGUCAAUCGGAGAUGUGCAACGCUGCUUCAAGCAACUACAGAUCUGAUGAAACAUUUGUAGGCUGCAUAUUAGCAGAGUAUUUUUUGUACUGGACGUUAAAGCAUGUAGAGUUUUCCGACUCUUCCAUAGAAGAGAUGAUGCCUCGAAUUACAGAAUAUAUUGUAGUGGAUUCUAGCCUUGAUAAGAAAAACGUCAUCUUCUUAUUACAUCACACUCUAAGAAUGCACCACAACAAACACAUUAUAUCUAGUAUAUUCCUGCAUGCUAAAGGGAAGGAAAUCCUCCUAAAUAAAACCCACCCAGGAGUGCGCCUAGUCUUAAACAUCAUAGCAUAUAUUUCAUUGGAAGAUGAUCCUAGAUUGAUACAGGCCUGCUUGCAGGCUCCUGCGCAGCUAGGUUUUAUAUAUGCACUAAGCCCAAAAGUCAUUUUAAUGCACAGGGAUAUUCGCCGUCUCUUUUUGGGAUUGAACUGCAUUGAACACCUGCACAAAUAUGCUCCAGAAGGGAGUGAUUUCGCUGCAGAUGGCGUCAUGGACUAUAUCAGAAACUACAGAUCUUGUGCGGAUCAGCCCCUCUCUUACUGCAGUGCUCUAUUUAAAGUGGGUGUAGCCAAGGCCAUAUUCACAGGGAAUGUUAUCCAGUUAGCGGAUGAAAUUAACCUGCGUCUUUUUGACGUGGGCUGUAAUGAACUGACGAAUUCUGCGGAGGUCGGUUAUAUGCUAGACCUUUUCUGGCUUAUAUACGCACUGCAUGCACAUUCCAGCGAAAAAAUGCUCAUUGAAAAACUUUAUGAUAGAAUUGCCCCAAUAGAAAUAACAACCGAGCUUAUUAGGCGUAUAUUGAAUGCAUGUCACUCCUCUAUGGAUCUGGAUAUUAUCAAGUACCUCCUGAAGAAGUACUUGCAAGAGCGUCAGACAUGGAAAAGCGGCCAAAUACUAAAACUGCUUAGAACACUCGAGACAGAUGCAGUGGUCUAG